AUAGCCUGACCCACACAAACACAAACACACGCACACACACACACAUUUUAUAUAAGGAGCAUUGAAAUAGUCGUAAGAGCAGAUGAAACAAGCAAGCCAAUGAAGGCAACAAAACAUGAAUGACAGCAAGACUUCAGUUUUAGAAAGAUGAGCACCUGGUUCCUCCUUCCUCUGUGUGUGCUGACCUGUUGUUGCAGCCGUAGCAAUGGCGCCCUCUCUUGCCCAGACAUGUGCACCUGCCAUUUCUCUUCCAGCGACACCAAGGUGGUCUGCAGUGACGACUCCCUCUCCCAGUUCCCCUCCGAUGGUCUCCCAGGCAACACCACCUCCUUGUCCAUCCAAUCCACCAACCUCAGCACGAUUACUGCCAACCACUUACAGGCCACGCCCAUUCUGAAAGAGCUCCAACUAUAUUACAACAACCUGAGCACACUUCCUUCAGAUCUCCUCAGAGCUGUCCCUCACCUGCACACGUUGGAUCUCACAGGGAACCACCUGCACUUCCUGCCACCAUAUGUCUUCAGCCACGCUCCACUGCGUAACCUGGUGCUGAAGAUCAACCUGAUCAGCGGUGUGGAUGCUGAUUGGCUCCCUGACAACAGUAACCUCACCUGGCUGGACCUAUCAGGGAACCACUUGACGGCCGUACCCACAGCCCUGUUCCAGAAACUACGCCACCUGAAGAACCUUGACCUCUCCCAUAACCGCCUGGAGAAGCUCCUGGCGGGGGCACUGAAUCCUCUGAGCAGCCUAGAGAGGCUCAACCUGGAGGGGAACCAACUCAGCGCCCUGGACCCUUCCGCCUUCAGGAACACCCCAAACCUGACGCACCUCUUCCUCCAGGAGAACCAACUGGAGAGGCUUCCCCCGACUCUCCUCCAGGGGCUCCAUCGCCUCGAGUUCCUGUUUCUCAACUUCAACCGGCUUGGUCACAUCUCCAACACCCUGCUGGAGCAGCUCUCCUCCCCAUGGACAAGCCACCAUCUUUGGGUGGCCUUCAGCCAGAACCCCUGGGUGUGUGAUAAGAAGGUGGAGGACCUGUGGAAGUGGCUGCAGAAGAACCAGAAGAAAGCUUUCCUGGCCGAUGACAUCAGGUGUGCCAGCCCCGAGUCUCUGAAGGAACGAUCAGUUAUGUCACUAACUGACAGUGAGCUAGGACUCUGAUUAUAUUUUUUACUUAAACAAUAAGACGGUGGGGGAGGUGUCUCAGUAUGACCCCGGGGAGAGUGUUCUUUCUGGAGGAGGUGAAAUGUGCCAGCCCUGGUUGUUAAGGACCAGCGGUUGUGUCUCUGACAGAGAAAGAGCUAGGCCUCAAAACUGACAAAUAAAACAGGCCCACUCUUCAGGUAACAACUGCAAA